AUGGAGAUCUUUGUUAAGACCCUCAGUGGCAACACGAUCACCGUCAAGGUAGAUCCAUCGGACACCAUCUACAUUGUAAUGGCGAAGAUUCAGGAUCAGCAGUGUCUUAUGUUUGGCAGGGAGGAGCUCGAGGACCGAUUGACUCUGGCCGAUUACGACAUUCAGGAUAAAUCCACUCUUCAACUUGAUUUGCGCCCCCAAAGAAGGAAGAUGCUAAUCAUACUUAAAGCAUUGACUUGCAAGGACAUCGCCCUUGAGGUUGAGAACUUGGACACCGUCGACAAUGUCAAGGCCAAGAUCCAGGUCGAGUUGAACAUUCCCGUGGACCUACAAAGGCUCAUCUUUGCCUCGAGACAGAUGGAGGACUUCCGCACCAUGGAGGAGUAUGGCGUCAAGCAGCAGGACAUCAUUCACCUCGUGCUCCGCAUCCGCGGCUGA